AUGGACGAUUAUGAGGUCGUGGAACAGAUCGGACGAGGCGCUUUUGGUUCUGCUUUUCUUGUAAUUCACAAGUCCGAGAGACGAAAGUAUGUGGUUAAGAAGAUUCGUUUGGCUAAACAAACAGAGAGAUGCAAGCUUGCUGCAAUCCAAGAGAUGAGUUUGAUAUCAAAGCUUAAGAGUCCUUAUAUUGUGGAGUACAAAGAUUCUUGGGUUGAAAAGGAUUGUGUAUGCAUUGUAACUAGUUAUUGUGAGGGUGGAGACAUGACUCAAAUGAUAAAGAAAUCAAGAGGAGUAUUCGCGUCCGAAGAAAAACUCUGUAGAUGGAUGGUGCAGCUACUGUUGGCUAUAGAUUACCUCCAUAACAAUCGAGUUCUUCACCGUGACCUUAAGUGCUCCAACAUAUUCCUCACUAAAGAGAACGAGGUUCGGUUAGGUGACUUUGGCCUAGCAAAACUUCUAGGCAAAGAUGAUCUUGCUUCCUCGAUGGUAGGAACACCAAACUACAUGUGCCCUGAACUUCUUGCAGAUAUACCUUAUGGCUACAAAUCUGAUAUUUGGUCUUUAGGUUGUUGUAUGUUUGAAGUAGCUGCUCAUCAACCGGCCUUCAAGGCUCCUGACAUGGCAGCACUCAUCAACAAGAUUAACCGCUCUUCGCUUUCUCCUCUCCCAGUCAUGUAUUCCUCUUCAUUAAAAAGACUGAUCAAAAGUAUGUUGCGCAAGAACCCUGAACAUAGACCAACUGCUGCAGAAUUGCUAAGACAUCCACACUUACAGCCAUAUCUUGCACAAUGCCAAAAUCUGUCCCCAGUUUUCAAACCGGUUGUGUCCAAAUCAGAACACAACACCAACGAAAACAGAACAGGUCUCCCCCCGAAGACCAAAUCCGCAAAAACACCCAUCAAACACAAUCAAGAAUCAGAGGAAACAGAGAAGAAAAAUAAGGAUACGAGCUCUAGUUCAAAAGACAAGGAGAGACCAGCAAAGAGCCAAGAGAUGUCAGUGAUUAGCACAUUAACGUUGCUACGCGAGUUUCAGAAGAAAAGCCCGAAAAGCGAGGAGAGAGCAGAAGCAUUGGAAUCUUUGUUGGAGCUUUGUGCAGGUUUACUUAGGCAAGAGAAGUUUGAUGAGCUUGAAGGAGUCUUGAAACCUUUUGGAGAUGAAACAGUUUCAUCAAGAGAAACCGCUAUUUGGCUUACGAAGAGUCUCAUGAAUGUAAAGAGAAAGCAAAACGAUGAUGAAACCAAUAUUUAA